CCGACUUCAAUGUGAACACCCCAAGAACGAAAGGGACGACUUUAGCAAAUAUGGGGAAGAAGGAGCUUGUGCUGUUUGGUGGUUCAGAGCCCUGGAAAGUCUCAGAUUGGACGGCGAGCGAUGACCGGGUUCGCGGUGGGAAGUCGCAGUCCUAUCUCGAAAUCGCAUCAUCCAGCGCCCGCUUCCAUGGCACUCUCGACAUCAAAACGCUGGGGGGCGCCGGCUUCGCAAGCCAGCGCACCACCAGUGAAGACAGAGCCUGGGAUCUCUCCGACUAUGACGGCAUCCAUCUCGGCCUGGGCAAGUCAGACGGGAAGCGCUAUACGUUCAUCGUGAAAGACGAGCCGCUGCCGAGGAACCCUGAGAAUGGAAGAGAGCAAUCAACUAUUUCGUACGAGUAUGAUUUCAGUGUUGAUGAAGACGCGGCGCUUGCGGAGGCGUCGUUUGUAUUCAUUCCCUGGGAGGAGCUGAAGCCUACGUAUCGUGGCAAGCAGAAGAAAGAUGCGCCGAAGUUGGAUAGGAGGAAUGUGAAGAGGUUCAGUAUUAUGAUGAGGAGUUUCUUUGGUGAUCAAGAAGGCGACUUCUCUCUCACCAUCAAGUCGAUUAAGGCCGUAGCAACGCCGAAGGAUCUCGAAAGGGGCUUCAUGGGGGAGAAGAGUGAGUCGACGGAGCCUAGCGAGAGAAGAAUCCCAGUGUCCGUCGGAGCGAAACUGAUGACGGCACUGGUAUUGAGUAUCGUCACGUUCGGCGUCUGCUUGGUGGUGUGCCGGUGGCUCAAACCUUCUCAUCAUGCUAUGUGGCGGUGGCAUUGAAGGCAACGUCGCCCACGUACCGGACCCCGUGGACAUAGAAAAAAGAAAGGAAAGAGAGAGUGUGUGUCAGACAUCAGGUCCGAGGAAAGUCUGCGUCGCUAUUGAUUCUCGCUACUAAGCUCGCAUUAUCUGCCGUCAGAAAGAAAUGAUAAAAGAUCGUCUCAAUGUUUCUCAAAAUACAUCCCCAACAAGAAGAGAAAGUCAGCAUUCCAUGCUGUAAACGUCCCCACGUUUCCGCAAUCUUUCGUAUCCAUCACCAUGUCCCUCUUCUUCCUCUUAUUCAUCACAUCUCCCGGUCCAUCAUCCUCACUCGAGAUAGAUCUAGGCCAGUCCUGG